GUCUUUCAAUGACCUUGCCAAUCGGCCAGUAUAAGGCAGGGCGUUAGACCUGAAAAUUGUGCGCCUACUUGUUGCACUUGACAAAAAAUUGUACCAACAUUUCUUCUUAACAAUUGCGUAGAGAUAUGGGUUCAACAGCGUUGUUAAUACUGUCUGAAGGUGCAGAAGAAAUCGAAGCAGUAACGGUCGCUGACGUUCUUUCCAGAGCUGGUGUUCAGGUUACCAUUGGUGGACUUCAGGGUGAUGGAGUCCUUAAAGGAAGUAAUGGAGUUUGCAUCAAACCAAGUGUAGCACUUUCUAGUGUGUCAGCACAGCUCUUCGACUUAGUUGUUAUGCCAGGUGGAAUGGGUGGUUCUAAAGCCAUGGCAGAAUCCAAGUUGGUUGGCCAAAUACUAAAAGAGCAUGAGAAAAAUGACAAAUACAUCGCAGCAAUUUGCGCUGCACCGAUUGCCCUAGAAGCUCAUGAAAUUUACAAAGGGAAGAAAUUAACAUCCUAUCCGGGCUUCAAAGAAAAGCUACCAGAUUAUACAUACAGUGAAGACAAAGUCGUCGUCGAUGGUAAACUUGUUACUAGCCGAGGACCAGGGACGGCAUUUGCUUUUGCCAUGAAACUAGUGGAACUUUUGUGUGGAGAAACUAAAGCUCAAAAUCUCACGAAAGGAAUGCUUGUUUCACUUUAAAAAUAUCGAAUUCAUCCGGUCUGUCUAAAUUAUUUUUUAAUGUUAAAAGCCAUUUUAAACUGAUUCAACAAGUCCAUUAUUAGCUCAAAUUAACUUUUUGAUUCCUUUCAUUUGUUGACUUACGGUGUAAAUAUGUGCGCGUUCGUAUGUACAUAAUCGGUUUUGAUAAUUUUGUCGCGUAAUGCGUUCAAUCAGAUAAGUAGAAAUCACAAAAGAAAAUGUGAUUCUAAAGCUAGGCGUCUACUAAGCAAGUCUUCAUAUGAUUUUCAGCAGUAUUUUUGUUUACCAAUAACCAACAUACGCGAAUGAUCAAAAACGAAUAAAGGUGUUGGAGUGUAUGAAUACUUCGCCUUAGAAUAUCCAACAUUGCUAUUUGUGGCUGAUUUUAUUUUUGAUUACA